GCAAAACUUAUCAACAUGCCCCCCAGCGAAUAUGCCUCUCAGUUGAAAUUUCUUAAAAACUCUGCUGAUUUUCUAAUCGCCGAGAGCCCUUCUACAUCAGCCCAUCUCUUGGCAGUCCACAGGCAGAUACUUCAUGACAACUCUAGGUCUUUAAACCAACGACAACAUGAGACAUUCUGUGGAGCAUGCGGCAGUAUCAGGAAGCCAGAGUGGACCAAGAUCAUUCAUAUAACCAGGAGGAACAAGGCAAAACGUUCUGAUCAAGCGGUGCCUUCAGUAUCCAAGGAGUCGGCGGGCGAGAUCACUGUCUAUAAGUGCCUCCGCUGCCAUCGGAAGACGGUAAAACCGCGUCAAGGAGAACCCACUCGACAAAUUUCUUCUUCUAGGACUACGGUAUCAUCUUUCCAGCAAUCUAUGCCUACGACUAGUUCCUCAACGACGGGGAAGAAUGCUGCUCAGGUUGCAGCUGCCACGGUUGAAGCAACCAAAACGGCCGACAAUGCAAGCAGCAAGAAGAGAGCAAAGGCAAGAAAACAAGGUAGCCUUCAGGCUCUUCUGGCAUCAAAACAGCGAUCCCAAGCAGCAUCAUCGUCGUCUCUGGACAUAUUCGACUUUCUCCAGCAAUGAUCAAGCCAUGCUGCAUUGCUUCUGAGAGGCUUUUUCUUGUUUGUCUUGUUUGCUUUCUCGUUGUUUGUCUCGGAGAAUCGGCGUAUUUUCCGGUCUAUUUUAGGGUUAGCGCGGGGCAGCUUCACGCGCUUAUCUCAAAAUAGCAAUCACCGCCACUGCAAAAGUCGAAAUGCAAGGAAUAUUCCCGCGUAUACUAGUCUUUUUUUUCCUCCGGGAUACAUUAAUACUCAAAUACCCCUCUCACACUUUGCUGGACCUCUGACUUAGCUCACUUUACAACGUUUACCGUGAGCGAAAAAGUUUUCAAUACUUGAAUAAGUGCCAAACAGGAUUUUCUUAUUGAUCUUUGGCCAGGAAGCUCACGAUUUUGCGAAUUUUGGCCAAAAUGUCUGCAGAAGAGAACGCUGUCCCGCAAGGCGGUGCUGCGGAGUCGCAAUUUCAAAAGCUAGGUGAUUUAGUGGAAAAGAAUGAUGAUACUGGUGUGAUGUCUGUUGAGAGCAUGUGCAUGAAUUGCCAUGAAAAUGGAACAACCAGACUCCUCCUUCUCCGCGUCCCUUUCUUCCGUGAUAUUAUUCUCGAGUCCUUCGAAUGUCCGCACUGCUUCUAUAAGGACAAUUCGAUCAAAUCUGCUGGUCAGAUUCAGGAGAAGGGAGCAAAAUACACGCUUGAAGUUGAAAACGAGCAGGAUCUCCAGCGACAAGUCGUCAAGAGUGAUACGGCCAUCUUCAAGGUUGAAUCGUUAGGGAUAGAGAUGCCAAAGGGCGAAAGCCAGCUCUCUAAUGUCGAGGGAGUCAUCCAGAAGAUUUGUGAAUCCCUCUCCAGUGAGCAGCCGUUGCGCAGGGCUCAGAUGCCCGAGCUAUACAAUGCUCUGCAACCCAUAAUUGAAAAACUUGAAAAGAUUUUGAGCAGAGAGGGCUUUCCUUUCACAAUCUCUUUGGAUGAUCCCACAGGAAAUUCAUGGAUUGCGCCCACAACCCACGACACAGGCAAUAAGUACAAACGCGUUGACUAUCCCCGUACGCACGAGCAGAAUGAAGAACUUGGAAUCGCCGCCGACAGCGCAGCAGCAGGAAAUGAGGCUACUGCUAUGAAGGAAUCUGCUACUGUCGACGAUGACGAUGAAAUCGUUGACGGCAAAGUCUACUCACUUCCUGCUGAGUGCCCCGGCUGUUCGAAACAUUGCCUCGUCAACAUGCAGAAAGUCAAUAUCCCUCAUUUCAAGGAGGUCUUCAUCUGGAGCACAGUCUGCGAUGCGUGUGGCUACCGUUCCAACGAGGUGAAAACUGGUGGUGAGAUCCCUGAGAAGGGCAAGCGGAUUAUACUCAAGGUCGAAACUGUCACUGAUCUUUCCCGCGACAUUCUCAAAUCCGAUACAUGUGCCCUGAUUAGCAAGGAGCUUGAACUUGAGGUGCAACCUGGCACUUUGGGCGGGCGGUUCACCACCGUGGAAGGUCUUCUGACGGAAAUUCGCGAUCAGCUGCAUGGCCAGAUUUAUGACAUUGAUGACCAAAGUGGUGCUGGAGGAGACUCCAUGUCAGUUUCCGACAAAGAGACGUGGGAGCGCUUUUUCAACCGUCUCAAUUCCGCGAUCAGGGGAGACUUCAAAUUCACCAUCACUCUUCAGGAUCCCUUGGCCAACAGCUACGUACAAGAUCUGUGUGCGCCGGCGCCUGAUCCGCAAAUCACCAUCGAAGAGUAUACUCGUACUGAUGAGGAGGAGGAUGAUUUGGGUUUGAAGGACAUGAGGGUCGAGGGAUACCAGGAUGACGUUGAAACUAAGGAGGCUAGUGAGGCUGAGGGCAAGUAAUGGAUGGGUAUCAUGACAAAUAUGCAUUGGAUCAGAGUUGAAAUUCUUUGCAUCCUUCAACUUCUGUUUGACGAUUUACGCGAUCUUUCUUUUGGUGACUUGCUAUGGAUAAUGUGACUUUUUGCGAUUGGUCUUGUGAGUUUACGUUGAUAUCCAAUGUCUAGAGAUUUGUUGAGCUGAGGUGUGUUAUUUCUUGGUGUCUGUUGUUCAGUUCAGGGGCAUGAAUGGACAUAUAUUCUCUGGAUGGCAAAAGUUGAUGGUUUUA